AUGGCAACUUCUAUUCUAUCAACAGAUGAACUUCACACUUCUAUCAACGAUCAGGAACUAGAAAAGUUCUGCAUUGUUUGGCUGGAUGAUAAUACAAACACUACUGACACUCGAAAUACAGAACAAAAAUUACGUUCUGUUAUUAAUCGUUUGAAGAAGUUUCAAAAUGUACAGCAAUGUAAAAAGUAUAUUGAAGAGCGAUCACCAACCGAAAGACUAGUAAUGAUUGUUAGUGGUCGACUAGGACGAGAAAUAGUACCUUUAAUUCAAAAAGUUCGACAAGUGAUAUCAAUCUAUGUUUAUUGUAUGGACGAGAAAGGUAAUAAAGAAUGGUCAAGGAAAUUCGCAAAAGUGAAAGCGGUAAUGGUAGAUCUUGAUAAACUCGUUAAUCGAAUCAAAGCGGAUCAUAGAAUUCAGAAAAAUGUAGAAGAAUCAUGGUCAUUAAAUUUCUUCACUGCAGGAAAAUCAUUAGGUGGUGUCAAUGGGAAAUUUGUUUAUCUACAAGUACUUAUUGAUUGUCUUCUACGGCUAAAAUCGACUCAAACAGAUAAAAAGGAACUCAUUCAGAUAUGUAAAGACGCAUAUAAAGGUAAUAGCUUUGAGCUCGAUAACAUUAGUGAAUUUGACCAAAGAUAUUUAAGCGAUAAAGCUCUAUGGUGGUAUACACGAGAAACGUUUUUUUACAAGACUCUAAAUGCAGCUCUACGUAAUGAAAAGAUUCAUAUUAUAUUUUUGUUUCGAGCAUUCAUCUUCGAUAUUCAACAUCAAUUGCAACGCUACCAAGUUCAAAAUCGUAUACGAGUAUAUCGAGGACAAGUGAUAUCAAGCGAUGAACUGGAGAAUUUAAAGAAAUCCAUUGGUCAAUAUAUUUCAGUGAAUUCAUUUGUUUCGACAACUACUGAUCCACAACAAGCUCGUCUCUUUCUCGAUGUACCUGAUUCAACAAACAAAUUAGAGUCAGUCUUAUUUGAUAUCAUUGCCGAUCCAAAGGUGGUCACCACAAAACCGUUUGCCGAUAUCAGUAAAUUUAGUGACUUUCCUGGCGAAUCAGAAAUACUUUUUAUGAUUGGUUCCAUUUUUCGUGUGGACAGUAUUAAACGAAGUGAUGAUGACGAAGUAUGGAUUGUUCGAAUGGAACUGUGUAGUGAGAAUAAAAAUGUUUUCGAAGAAGUUCUUGCGGAUAUGAAAAAGGAAUAUUGUAGUGAAGCGACAAAUUUUCAUACAUUAGGAAAGCUACUAUGGGAAAUGAAUAAACUUGAUUUAGCUGAAAAAUAUUUUACUCGAUUCCUAGAACAGCUGUCAUCAAAUGAUCCGUUACGUGGUGAUCUCUAUCAGGAUCUUGCAAAAAUCGCAGCACAGAGUAACGAAAUGGACAAGAGCAUGGAAUGGCGUCAGAAAGCGAUAGCAUUCAAAAAACAAAAUAAAUUAAGUAAAACUGAUUCUACUGGUAUGUUCACUAAAAUAAAUGUUACAACUUAG